AUGGCUAAACAACUCUACUAUCUGCCUCGUGGCUCGCGGAUCCUGGUAACCGGUGCGAAUGGCUUCAUUGGGAGUAAUGUGGUCCACAGUCUGCUUGAACUAGGCUUCAAGGUUCGCGGGACUGUCCGUUCACCGAAACCAUGGCUCGAUAAGAUGUUCCGGGAGGGGUUCGGGAACGACUCAUAUGAGUCUGUUAUUCUUGCUAACUUUGAGAAUGUCGAUACUCUGGUUGAUGUGAUGGAUGGUGUAUCUGGGGUGGCGCAUGUGGCAUCAGAUGUCAGCUUCAGCUCGAAUCCGGAAGAGGUUGUGCCGUGGGUGUUGAGAGCCAUUCAUAAUGUGCUGGAGGCUGCAUCGAGACAUUGUGAUAUACAGCGGGUUGUGAUGACCUCUUCUGCGAUAACGGCGUUGUUUCCGGAGCCGAAUAAGGAGGGUAUUGUUAUUCGUGAGGGUGAGAGAUCAGUUCCUAGAGAAGGGAAUAGAAGGAUGUAUUGGCUGAUAGCGUAUCUAGAUUCCUGGAAUGAUGAAGCUAUCAAGCAAGCCUAUAAUCCGGAUACUCCACAGCAUCUGAAGGGUCUGUUCAGUUAUGCUGCUUCCAAAACUGAGGGAGAGAAGGCAGCAUGGAGAUGGAUGGAGAAUAACAAGCCAGACUUCCAAUUCAAUACCGUGUUGCCGGAUUUUACACUCGGGAGAAUCCUACACGAAGAGAUCCACGGCUCGACAAUGGGCUGGGUAUCUGGCCUAGCCAAGGGGAAUACACGCAUUUUCGAGACAUUUGUGCCGCAAUACUUCUGCGAUGUCGUUGACAUUGCGCGUCUCCACGCAGCCGCCCUUCUCGACCCAACCACAGUCUCUCGGCGACUCUUCGGGUUUGCUGCUCCUGUGAACCUCACUGACAUGAUCUCAGUCGUUCGAAAGCUCCAACCUGAUAGUACUUUGAUUCCCGAUCCUCCGAUUAACGAGGGACGUGAUCUGAGUGAAGUUAUCCCCGCCAAGGAAGCAGAAACGCUCCUGCAGGAAUUCUGUGGGCGGGAAGGGUGGACUUCCUUGGAGGACAGCAUUGCCCAGGGACUUGAUGUGUCUCGAAUGCGGUUGUGUUCUUUGUAG